AUGUACUUUACAGACGAAUCAUCACCGGCAAUGAAUAGAGUAGGUAAAAAAAGGAAUAGACUUUCUUUUGUUUGCCAAGCUUGUAGAAAAGCAAAGACGAAGUGUGACCAGGAAAAACCUAGAUGUGGCAGAUGUACUAAACAAAACCUCUUUUGUAUAUAUGAUGUCGCCAGACAGGCGGCCCCUAGGAAUCCGAAUAAGGAUGCCACCAUAGCGAGACUGAAAAAGGAGAUUCGUUACUGGAGAAAUAAAACCGUGGAUUUGACUCAAGAAAAGAAAGACUUCUACACUGCAUUGAAAAGGCCGACUGAAGAAUUAGCUGCUAGAAGGACAUGUAAAAGCUUGCAGGAAAAUAGCUUUCCAAUAAGUCUUUAUAAGACUCAUCCCAGAUUGAUUAUGACCAAAGUGAUGAAAAGAGAAAUCAACCCUUUAUCUGAGAAGUACUUAAUAUUUCAAGAUACCUUUCUGAAGACAUUAAUUGCCUCCGUGCUUCUAAGUUGUUCCAGAAACUCCAUGAUUCCUGCUUUAAAUGCAGAUAUUAGUAGGUCGAGGACACAGCCAUGCGUAAAGAAUAACGUUGUAAAAAUGAGAGAGGUUCUAUUGAAAAACUCAAAAUACGAAUCACAAAGAAAAUCCAUUAACGAGUUUACGGACAGGCUACUACAGAGAAAGAACCCUGAAGAACAGAUUGCGGUAAAUAAAGUAAUUUCUUUAUUAUACAGUAACAGGGAAUCGUCAUAUUUAGAGGAUACAUGCCCCACCGAAAACGACUAUUCUGAUUUGUUGAAAGGCUACAUCAAUGAAAUCGAGAAAACGCUCCCUCCCAAGGCAAUCAUUGAACAGUACCUCUCUCAUUUCUUUGAGCAUAUUUUCCACCUAAUCCCUUUCGCCAGCAAGGAAAUGUUGGAGGAAUCAAUUCACACAACAGUACAGUAUAAUGAAUUAGGAGAGGUACGACUAUCGAUGGGCACAACCCUUAUACGAAAUAAAAUGGAGAAUCUGUGUAUCUUACUGUUAAUUUUGAGGAUCGCGUAUAUCUCUUUGACAUUUAUAGAAGAUAAGAUUGAAGAUUACAGUCCGUAUAUUACCAAAGAGAUGCUAGAGCAAUAUCCGAUUCAAAGCGAAGUAAUUUUCCUAGCGCAGCAGAUACUUGCAUCGGAAAAUUGGUGUGCUUGUGCAAAUGAAAAUACCAUUUCAUGCUUACUCUAUAUCUGGUGUGCAUUUGUUUUUUCCCCAACUGAGGGUGAUUUUCUGUUAGAACAACCGUCGGAUGUUAUAAUUAACCUUGUCAUACUAAUAGGGACGUCUAUCGGAUUACAUCGUGACCCAUCUGACUUUCCAGCCUUGAACCACCCCGAAGCUUCAGACAAAAGGCUGCUAAAUUUACGAAGGAUACAGUGGCUAUCAAUUAUCUCUAUGGCAACUCUGGAGUCAAGCCUGAAGGGUAGACUAUUGGUCUCACCCCUUUCAAUGAUUGAUCUUUUCAUUGACGUUCGGGAUCCCAAUUGUGUAGAAAUCUAUAAAAAAAGGGUUAAGAAGGAUCUAACAGGUUCCGAAUCGGAUGAGCAACUGCUCGAAAUCCAUGAGAUUUUUUUCCAUAGGGCUCAAUUAGCAUUAUUCUUGUCUGAUUUGAAUAAUAUAACCAUUUCAUACAGUGGUUCGGUUCCAAUGGAUACACUAGAAACUUUACGCGUUAAAGCCAAUGAACUUUUAAAAAACAAAUUUCAGCUAAGAAGUGUGGAUAUUAACAUCUACGACGAAGAGAAGACAUUUCAAAAACUAACGUUCAAUUCAAUUUUGAAUUCUAUAAGUUUAUCGGGCCAGAUCUUGGGUAAAUUAAUGAUGUUAAGGGCCUCAAUAGCGCUGAUGUUAUAUUUUGAAACACUUGCAAUGGAGAGAAGCGAAUGCUUAUCCUUCUUCUAUAAGUAUUUUUUUCAAUGUUGUGCCGACACCAUUUCCCUAAUCAGAUUUUUUUUCCUGUAUUUCAAUGGCAGUUACGAGAAAGUUCUUUCUUCUUUAGUUUGUUUCAUCACUACAAAAGUUAUUCAAUUGGCUGUUCCUACCACGAUGUUUACCCUUUUGGUCAUCAUCAUGCGGGUAGAGCUGGCCAAAAAUAUGCUUCUGGUCAAAUGUAACGAAUGCAAUGCCAGAGGUGACAUUAGUGACCUCCCAGAAAUAAAGGAGAAAAUAAAGUCAUUGGACACUAUCAAGGAGAACUUCGAGAGGCUUUUGUUGGAAGUAUAUUUACUUGCGUCCCAAAACCUGAGAUUUAAAUAUUUCUACAUUUUCAAGAUGUUGACCUUGUUUGACGUAUUCAUUCAAAGGCUGAGGAAAGGUCAAUUAUUUUCUGGUUUGUUUGUCAAAGUAGACAAAGACUUGACUACCAAAAAAAUUGCCACAAUGUUGGAGUUGACACUUGGAAUUAACUUGGACAAGUCUGACCAUUUAAUUGAUAGACUAAAGGGCAAAAAUCUCACUGUUAACUUUACCCUUGAUCAAUUAUACCAAAUCAUCAAAGAAUUUGACAGAAUAAAAAACAUCGGUGUUGCUGACCCACAAAAUUCUCUGAAUCCAUCAAAACCAAACAUGAAAGAUAAUACACCCACAAUUGAACUUUUACUCAACUCCAGCGUGGAAAAUGAGAGUGUACCACCGUACAGCAGCUCAAAUGACCCUACAAAUGUUGGUAAUGCCUCCACUUAUAGCUUAGCACACAAUAUUAGUAACCAAAAUAAUGAGGAAAACAUGCCUCCGUCAAUUGGUUCGAGUGAAAGUAACCGUGCCGCUCCUAAUCUAAACUUUAUGCCGAUAAACAAUAACUACAAUAACAGUGGUUCGAACAUUAAUAACAAUGACAAUGUUAAGUUACCGAGUAAUUUUAAAAACUACUAUGACCCUCCCAUGUCUUCUUUGGACAUAUCCAUGGAUGUUCCCGAUAUUUUUGGUAGCCUUGAUUUCUUCGAUUAUGACCUACUUUUCCAGAACGACUAG